UUGCCGUCCGGCCACUGUAUAUAAAAUGGCCAGAUGGUGGCAGUCUAGGGGCGGGUUGCCGUUCAUAAACAGCGCCCGUCAUUUUGGACUGUGCGCGCUCCUGGGAGCAUGCAGCACCACGAUCUGGUGCCCACGGAGGACACAGUGGAACACCGAUCGUCGUAUGGGACCUCUGUGUGAGGUCCCAAUCAUGUGAUCACUGAUUGACCAAUCAGUAAUCACAUGAAUAGUAGUAAGCAAGAUGUCACUUCUGACAUCAUUGCUUACUACGUGUUAAAUCUGUGAAUGAUCACAGAGGUCACAUGG